AUGCGGAGAGCCUUUUAUUUUCGAAAGUGGAUGGCAAUCCAAGAUCUCCUCAGAACUUUACCAUAUCAUUCCACCGAUUCUCACUAUUUUGCUAAUAUUUCUUCAUUUACAUGA